AUGACACUUUACUACACGCUGAUUUUCGGCGUGUUGGUCGCAGAAAUGACUAUGUUCAUUCUGCUAAUGCUCCCCGUGCCCUCCAAAUACAGACGGCCCGUGACGCUCGCGCUUGUCAAGCCGUUCGAACAGCCCCAGAUCCAGGUUGCGGUCAAAUGCGUGCUCGUCUUCAUCCUUUUACUCUUCGUUGACACCAUCAAUCGCGUCUACAAGAUAGAGUCUGAGCUCAACGUAAACCCGGUAGCGGCGUCGGGCUCCGACCGCGCUGAAGUGCUGAGCCGCAAAUUCUACGCCCAGCGCAACAUGUACCUGACCGGAAUAACGCUGUUCUUGACAUUCACAGUUUUCCGCACUUUCCAUCUCGUGUCGGAGCUUUUGACCUCCAAAGAAGUGUACCGCGCAGAUCCCGCCGACAAAAACCAAAUCAAAAAGGAGAUUGCUGGCAUCGACGCCGAGAUUGCUUCUUUGAAAGAGCGUGCCGAAAGCUUACAGGCCGACAUGUAG